CGGCCUCAAGCCCUUGUCUGUGUUGGAGCGUGAGUUGACCGGCCAGCCUCUGGUCUCGUUCGAUCUCACCCAGUUCUGCCCACCGCCCUCAAGCAUCCCGGGCAAGAGCCGUUCCCUGCCUCCAACUAAGCCAUGACCCAGCCCGUCUUUAUUGUCACCGGUGCCUCGAAAGGCAUCGGCCUCGCCGUGGUCGUCGCCUUGGUCUCGAGACUCGGCAGCUGUGUCGUUGGAACAGGCCGAACGCCGGCCACCGAUCUGCCGGCCCAGCUGCGAGCGCUGCCAUCAACUCAGUUUGUCUAUGUUGCCGGCGACUGCACCGAUUCGGGCCUCCAUCAGCAACUGGUCCAGACUGCACUUGACCGAUGGGCACGACUCGACGGCCUGGUGCUGAAUGCGGGAAUCCUGGAGCCCAUCCAGCGCAUUGCCGAGGCCGAUCUGUCGCAGUGGCGCCGGCUCAUGGAUAUCAAUUUUUUCAGCGUCGUCGAACUGACCCAGCGAUGCCUGACACACCUCCGGGCUUCCAAGGGCCGCAUCGUCCUGGUGAGCUCGGGUGCAGCGGUGAAUGCAUACACCGGAUGGGCACCCUACUGCACCUCCAAGGCUGCCAUGAACAUGUUCUCGCGGGGCCUUGCGAUCGAGGAGCCCGAUAUCGUCACUGUUGCUCUCCGUCCAGGAGUCGUCGACACCGGGAUGCAGUCUCUCAUUCGCUCGGAUGGACUCGCCGGCAUGACCUCCGAGCAGCACUCCAAGUUCGUGCAGCUCAAGGAAGACGGCAACUUGCUGCCUCCCGAGAAACCAGGCUUGGCCAUCGCUCUGCUCGUUCGGUAUGGCGAAGCAAGUCUCUCGGGCGAGUUCGUCAACUGGGAUGAUGCCCGGGUUGCAGCCUACACAGCCCAUGCAGAAUGAACCGGAGUGGGAUCCAAUGCGUUCGGCGAUCUGGACAACUCCGUACAUAGUGUAGUUCCUCGAUGUCGACAGUCGAGUUGGCUGGGUGUGUUCUGAGUCUCGGGUGAUAGUAAAGCUGCCGAAAGUACUGGGUUGAGCCUGGAUCUCCGUGGGCUCGAUGCACAUCCCUUCCCUCCUCUUGCUUCCACGAGGCAUCCCAAAGACAGCCACAAUAUCAGACGAACAAAAAGCGAAUGCUUCCGCCAUCCGGGUCCUUCCGCCCGCAAGCACCCCCACCAUGUGUGUCUCCCCGAUCAUACCCGCUCAGCACACACAUCCAACCAUGCGACGGCAGUUCUCCCGACUUGAUUGGUGACUUGAGUAAUGGUCUUCCAGCCGCAGCUCGUCGGCGAUCAUGUGCAACGGCUCCCGCUGUACUUGCGAUAGAGAGCUCCAACGGCCAUGC